GUGUAAAGUUAAAAGGCUCAACAGUACAGACUACACAUAAGGAUUUGUCCUUUCUUCCUAUUCAUUUAUACUUGAAAAUGCUUGCAACGAAACAUGGAACACCUCAUGAACAUUCAACGGCGUAAAUAUUGUGACCCCAAAAUACUUUUCAACAUCCAUCAUAUACACAAGAAAAUAUCUUGUUUGGCACAUGUAAUACGUUUACCUAUCUAUCAUAUACUAGAAGAUGGUGACUUGAAGCCCCACUCACUUACUCAAAAGUAUAAAUGAAUUUCUAUAGUUUUAUUUCCUGAUUUGGGGUUGGCAGUGUUGAUUUACUAAAAUAGACAUCAAACCAAGCCAUGACUGCCAAGAAAAAUGAAGUUAAGUUGUUUGGUUGGAAAUCUUUGGGUUGUGGAAGUGAUUAUGCACUCAAUAAGCUUAGCGUGGUUGCAGGGCCGCGGUAUCGAGACUCGAAGAAAGCCUCGGUUGCUACCUAUGUCUCCUCCUUUCUAUUCGUCUUCUUCAUGCUCUUCUUUAGCUACCAAGUUUUUGCUGGUUGGACGGAUUUUUCAGGAUCUCCAGUACAAAAAACGAGUAUUUCGACAACUUCGAAACCCUUUUCAUCAGAGCUAAUAACAAUCUUCCCAUUUACAUCAAAGCCAAAACAACAACAAUAUCCACUACAAUGCACCACCAAGGGUGCAUACAAAUCAUGCCCUCACAACUAUCCUACCAAUUACAGCCUUACAAAUCUUGGCCGUCCAUCGACAUGCCCAGAUUACUUCCGUUGGAUCCACGAAGAUUUACGGCCAUGGAAGGAGACGGGUGUCACGAGGCAAAUGGUGGAGGCGGCUCGAAAGACGGCUCACUUUAGGCUAGUGAUUCUAGAAGGAAGGGUGUAUGUAGAGAAGUAUAGGGAGUCAUUACAAACUAGAGAUGAAUUCACUUUGUGGGGGAUCCUACAGCUUUUAAGGAGGUACCCUGGGAGAUUGCCUAAUUUGGAGCUAAUGUUUGAUUGUGAUGAUAGGCCUGUUAUUCCUGCAAAGAAUUUCAAGAGGCCCAAUUCUGGCCCACCACCUUUGUUCAAGUAUUGCUCUGAUCCAUGGAGUUUGGAUCUGGUAUUCCCUGAUUGGUCCUUUUGGGGUUGGGCGGAGUGUAACAUAAAACCGUGGAGAAACUCAUCUAGUGACAUACAAGAAGGUAACAAAGGGACGAAAUGGGAGGACAGGGUGCCCUUGGCUUAUUGGAGAGGCAACCCCAACGUUGCACCAUGGAGGGCUGACUUCCUUAAGUGCAAUGCUACCGACACUACUGAUUGGAACGUUCGCAUUUAUACUCAGAAUUGGGAAAAACAAGCUAAAGUAGGGUAUAAAGAAUCCAACAUCAAGGAUCAAUGCACCCAUAGGUACAAAAUCUAUAUAGAAGGAUGGGCUUGGUCAGUUAGUGAGAAGUACAUUCUAGGAUGUGACUCCAUGACAUUGGUAGUAAAGCCCACAUACCAUGAUUUUUUCAAUAGAGGGAUGUUGCCAUUGGUCCACUACUGGCCCAUUAAAAACAACAAUGACAAAUGCAAAUCUCUCAAGUUUGCUGUUGAAUGGGGGAAUAAUCAUACUGAUAAGGCUCAGGAGAUAGGGGAAGCUGGAAGUAGGUAUAUUCAUGAGGAUAUGAAGAUGGAUUAUGUAUACGAUUACAUGUUCCAUUUGUUGAGUGAGUAUGCGAAACUGUUAAGGUUUAAACCCGCAAUUCCACCUAAAGCGGUUGAGCUAUGUUCCGAGGCAAUGGCGUGUGAAGCUAAAGGUAAUUGGAGGAAGUUCAUGGAUGAAUCCUUGGAAAAAUAUCCAAGUAAUGGAGUUCCUUGUAAUAUGCCUCCUCCUUAUGACCCUUUAGGUCUAAGGGGCUUUUUUGAGAAGAAAGCCAAUUUGACAAGGCAAGUGGAGAUGUGGGAAGAUGAGUAUUGGGGACAAUUUAACCCUAAAAGAAAACCUUGAUUGAAUUAGAUAUUUCAUAUUAUUGUUUAUGGUAAACACUUUCCUAAAUUUAUGACGAUUUGUUGUCCUUGCAUUUC